AUGCGGGCGCUCAACACCAUCGAGCGCCUGCACCGAUCGCCGCACGGUCAUCGGCUGGUGGACCGGUUUUUCUCCCUCCCCAACUCCUGCAUGGGCCGCCGCGUCGCCGAGUUCGCCGGCUUGGUCAACUCCGGCCCCUCGUGGAAGCGCAACACCGCUGCCUGCGCCCUGAGGCAGGAGACGGCUGCGGUCAUCGAGGAGCAGCUCGCCGGCCGCGUGCUUGUUUACACGGACGGCUCUGUGCUCCGGGAUGGCGCGGCUUCGGCUGCCUGCUUCGCCCCUGAGCUCUCGGCGCAGAGCCAAUGCCGUGUCCUGCACGCGGUGUCCUCCACGCAAGCCGAGCUCGCGGCCAUCGACCAGGCGGCCAAACUGCUAUACCAGCGGCAGGUUGCACGCGCGGCCAUCCUGACCGACUCACGGGCGGCGCUCUGCUUGCUGGCCAGGGAGGACCACGGCCCCACGCUGAUCCAGCGGCUCCACCGAAAGCUGCACGCCGUCUGCGAGCUGGGAUGCGACCUCGUCUUCCAAUGGGUGCCCUCGCACGUUGGAUUGCCCGGGAACGAGGAAGCGGACCGGCUCGCAAAGGAGGCCCACACCUUGCCAGUGCCCCGGUCUCUACUGGUGACGCCUUUCGACGUCGCCCGUCACACCGUUGCUGGCUACCUCCGGUCGCAUCACCCUGACCCGCGCGUUGCCGCCGGCAGCCCCCCGAAGUUGCUGCCACGCAGGGGCUUGGGCCGCCGUGAUCGCGCUCUACUCCUGCGUCUCCGGAUCGGGUGCUGUCGGACGGCUGAGCGCGUGCACCGGUUGUCGGGACUCGGCUCGCCCUACUGCGACAGCUGCUCCGGUGUCGAAUCCUUGGACCAUGUUCUCCUGCAGUGCCCCGCGUACGCAGCAGAGCGUGGCCCUCUUCUUGCCGCCUACCGUCGCCUCGGGAUCCCGUCCGACAGCGCACGGGGGCUCCUGUUUCCUGCGACGCAUCCCUCCAUCGCCAGGCGGGCCUACGCGGCCCUCCUGGAGUAUCUGGAGGAUACAAACCUGUGUCAGCGGCUCUAA